AUGUCGUCAGGUCUCUCAGCAACACAGUCGCCCUCUGACCUUCCUCAGGCAGUGGCCGACCCAGACCAGCACACGCUCAAAAAGACGCCAUACCGACUCUACUCGACCCCCUUCAGCGAGAUCUUGGCGCACCGCUACCAAGGUUCCGGCACGCGUGAAGACCCAUACCUCGUCGAAUGGCUCCCGAAAGAUGCAGAAAACCCGCAGACAUGGUCGCAGGUCUACAAGUGGACGCAGACCAUCCAGGUCGCCAUCGCAACCCUCUCGGUAGCCCUCGCCUCUAGCGCCUACUCGGGCGCCGUCGCCUCGAUCCACGAGCAGUUCCACCCUUCGAGAGACAUCAUCGUCACGCUCGGCGUCUCCCUUUUCGUACUUGGAUUCGCCUUUGGACCUCUCUUCUGGGCGCCCUUCUCCGAGGUGGUCGGCCGACGCAACCUCUUCAUCUUCACCUACGCCGUCUUCACCAUGUGGCAGGCCGUCACGGUCGCCUCGCCCAACAUCGAGUCGCUCCUCAUCUUCCGUUUCCUCGCCGGCUUCUUCGGUUCCAGUCCUCUGGUCAACACUGGCGGUACGCUCGCCGACAUGUUUGGCGCUAAGCAACGUGGUCUCGCUAUGGCCAUCUUUGCCAGUGCCCCCUUCCUCGGUCCCGCCCUCGGCCCCAUCAUCGGCGGCUUCCUCGGCGAGAACGCGGGCUGGAAGUGGGUCAUCGGCUUCCUCGCCAUCUUUGCUGCCGUCAUCACCGUCCUUGGCGCCAUCAGCAUGCCCGAAACCUACGCGCCUGUUCUUCUUCGAUGGCGUGCACAGAAGCUCGCCGAGGUCACCGGCAAGCACUACAUCUGCAAGCUCGACAAGGGUCGCGACCUCCGUCUCAAGACCCAGUUCAAGGUGGCUCUCGGUCGACCCUGGUUGUUGCUCAUCUACGAGCCCAUCGUCAUGCUCCUCUCCAUCUACAUCGCCAUCAUCUACGGCAUCCUCUACUCGCUCUUCGGUGCCUUCCCCAUCGUCUUCCAGCGCUACCGUGGAUGGACCCCCGGUGUCGGCGGUCUUGCCUUCCUCGGUGUUCUGGUGGGCAUGCUCUUUGCGCUUUCCUGGAUCAUCUUCUACGAGAACCCUCGCUACGUCCGCAUCGUCGACAAGCACAACGGCGUUGCGCCACCCGAGGUGCGCCUUGUGCCCGCCAUGAUCGGCGCCGUCUCGAUCGUCAUCGGUCUCGCCAUCUUCGCCGCCACCGACAGCCCAGAUCUGCCCUGGAUCGCUCCCAUUGUUGGUUCCGCACCCUUCGGGUUCGGUAUGGUGCUCAUCUUCCUGAGUGUCAUGAACUACCUCACCGACGCCUAUCUCGUUUACGCAGCAUCGGUGCUGGCGGCGAACAGCGUCAUCCGUUCGCUCUUUGGCUUCGCGUUCCCGCUGUUCACCUCGAACAUGUACUCGAUUGGCGGGAGGAACGGCAUUCACUGGGGUCCUGCGAUCGGCGGCCUGCUCGCGCUCAUCUGCUUGCCCUUCCCCUUCGUCUUCUACAAGUACGGCGGCAAGAUCCGCGAGAACUGCAAGUACGCCGCCGAGGCCAAGAAGAUGUUGGAGUCCAUGUCGGCGUCGACGCAGCAGCAGAAGAAGGCCGUCUCGGACGAGGACGAUCUCGAGAAGGCCCACACCGGAAGCGAGAGUCACGAUCAGGAGAAGCCCACCCGCACCGAGCGCAGCAGCCUCGACCUCGGAGCCAGCACCGCGGCUCCUACACCGAGGCACCACUCGGUCUCUUCCGGCUCGUCUGACGGCAGUGCUCGAUGA